GACUGUUUCUUGUUACUACUUGAAGUCGACUAAAUAGAAGUUCACAAGGCUCUGUGUAGAACCCAUUGAUCUCACCGUGACCAGGGAAAUUGUGAUCGCAUGACGGAUGAGCAGCCGCCCCAAGGAGAUGUCUGACGCUCACACUCACAGCAGCCCUCUCCUGGCAGAGCCACUGUCCUGCAGAUACAAACUCUACGAGUCAGAGCUGACCAGCCCCACCUGGCCCUCAAGCCCCCAGGACACACACGCGGCCCUGCCCCUCCUGGAAAUGCCUGAAGAAAAGGAUCUCCGGUCAUCCAACGAAGAAAGCCACAUUGUGAAGAUUGAGAAACCCAAUGAAAAGGGAAGAAGGAGAGAGAGUGAGGCAGCCCCUCGGAGCUCCGCAGGCCGGCGGGGCAUCAACAUCUUUCAGGCUGUGGGCUACCUCACAGGCGAGAUGAAGGAGUUCCGGAACUGGCUGAAAGAUAAGCCCCUGGCCCUGCAGUUCACAGACUGGGUUCUGCGGGGCAGCGCUCAGGUGAUGUUCGCCAACAACCCUCUCAGCGGGCUCGUCAUCUUCAUGGGGCUCCUGAUCCAGAAUCCCUGGUGGGCGAUCUCCGGGGGCCUGGGGACAGUGAUGUCAACUGUAAGUGCCCUCAUCUUGAGCCAGGACAGGGCUGCGGUCGCCGCGGGCCUCCACGGGUACAACGGGAUGCUGGUGGGGAUGCUGACCGCCGUGUUCUCCGCCAAGUCUGACUAUUACUGGUGGCUUCUGCUUCCUGUGACCCUCACGGCCAUGUCCUGCCCCGUCAUUUCCAGUGCCUUAAGUUCUGUCUUCAGCAAGUGGGACCUCCCGGUCUUCACGCUGCCCUUCAACAUCGCCGUGACCCUGUACCUGGCGGCCACGGGCCACUACAACCUCUUCUUCCCCAUGACACUGGUGGAGCCCGUGUCUUCAGUGCCCAACAUCACCUGGACAGAGAUUGAGAUGCCCUUGCUGCUGCAAGCCAUCCCUAUCGGGGUCGGGCAGGUGUACGGCUGCGACAAUCCCUGGACAGGCGGCAUGUUCCUGGUGGCUCUGUUCAUUUCCUCGCCACUCAUCUGCUUGCAUGCAGCCAUUGGCUCAAUUGUGGGGAUCCUGGCAGCCCUGGCGGUGGCCACACCCUUCGAAACGGUCUACCUGGGCCUCUCCAGCUACAACUGCGUCCUCUCCUGCAUCGCCAUCGGAGGCAUGUUCUACGCCCUCACCUGGCAGACCCACCUGCUGGCCCUCGUCUGCGCCCUGUUCUGUGCCUACAUGGGAGCAGCCCUCACCAACAUAAUGGCAGUGCUUGGUGUGCCUCCAGGCACCUGGCCCUUCUGCCUCUCCUCCCUCACCUUCCUGCUCCUGACGACCAACAACCCCGCCAUCUACAGGCUCCCGCUCAGCAAAGUCACCUACCCGGAGGCCAACCGCAUCUACUACCUGACAGUGAAGAGCAGUGAAGAGGACAAGUCCCCCAGCGGCGACGCUGGGGGGCAGCCACCCACGACGAGCCCAAAGGCCGAUGAGGGCUCGGAGGCCGUGCUCCCCAAGCCCAGGAACGUGUUCCACAUCGAGUGGUCUUCCAUUCGGAGGAGGAGCAAAGUGUUUGGGAAAGGCGAACACCAGGAGAGACACACCAAAGACUCGUCUCUAUCUCAAUACCGGAAACCCACAGUUGAGUUGCUGGAUAUGGACACCAUGGAGGAGAGCUCAGAGAUAAAGGUGGAAACAGGCAUCUCCAAGACUUCCUGGAUUCAGAGUUCCCUGGCUGCCAGUGGGAAGAGGAUCCGCAAAGCCCUCGGGUACAUAACGGGAGAGAUGAAGGAGUGCGGAGAGGGACUUAAAGACAAAUCCCCAGUGUUCCAGUUCCUCGACUGGGUCCUCCGGGGCACGUCCCAGGUGAUGUUCGUGAACAACCCCCUCAGCGGCGUCCUCAUCGUCCUCGGCCUCUUCAUCCAGAACCCUUGGUGGGCCAUCGCGGGCUGCCUGGGCACCGUGAUGUCCACCCUGGCAGCCCUCAUCCUGAGUCAGGACAGAUCCGCCAUCGCAGCCGGACUUCACGGCUACAACGGGGUCCUGGUGGGGCUGCUGAUGGCCGUGUUCUCGGACAAAGGCGACUAUUACUGGUGGCUUCUGCUCCCCGUCAUCCUUAUGUCCAUGACUUGCCCCAUCCUCUCCAGUGCCCUGGGCACCAUCUUCAGCAAGUGGGACCUCCCAGUCUUCACGCUGCCCUUCAACAUCGCCGUGACCCUGUACCUGGCGGCCACGGGCCACUACAACCUCUUCUUCCCCAUGACGCUGCUGCAGCCCAUCUCCUCCGUGCCCAACAUCACCUGGUCGGAGGUCCAGGUGCCCUUGCUUUUGAGAGCCAUCCCUGUUGGGGUCGGCCAAGUGUACGGCUGCGACAACCCCUGGACUGGAGGCAUCUUCCUCAUAGCUUUGUUCGUAUCGUCACCUCUUAUUUGCUUGCACGCUGCGAUCGGAUCCACCAUGGGCAUGUUAGCAGCUCUCACUCUGGCGACGCCCUUCGACUCCAUCUACUUCGGCCUGUGUGGCUUCAACAGCACGCUGGCCUGCAUCGCCAUAGGGGGCAUGUUCUACGUCAUCACCUGGCAGACCCACGUCCUCGCCGUCGCCUGCGCACUGUCUGCAGCCUACCUGGGCGCCGCGCUGGCUAACGUGCUAUCCGUGUUCGGAUUACCUCCCUGCACCUGGCCCUUCUGCCUCUCCGCCCUCACCUUCCUGCUCCUGACGACUAACAACCCCGCCAUCUACAGGCUCCCGCUCAGCAAAGUCACCUACCCAGAGGCCAACCGCAUCUACUACCUGUCCCAGGAGAAAAACAGAAGAGCCUCGACCAUCACGAAGUACCAGGCCUACGAUAUCUCCUAAGCUGCCCUUUCCGAAACAUGUCACCGUAAGUUCAGCCCUCGGCAGGCUGUCCAGGCCCCCGGGCUGAAGGCCGCUGAGACUCUCCUGUCUGUCCUGUGAUUCUGCCCCAAGCAAGCCUGCCGGCAAGUUAUUCCCCAAAACGGGGGAAUCUGCGUGCCGUCGCCACUCAGGAACCUCUCUGUUCCAAGGUGCACAACACUUAGCAAAGAUAGGAUUCGUUCAGAGUUUAUACCCAUAGCUCACUGCAUACCAGCUCCCUUCGAAGGGAGUUUUCCCUCUUUUGCAAAGUAAGCCACAUCCCUAAAGAGAACUCACCAGAAGGGGACGGAGAUUGGUGACAUGAUCAGCCAACUCAGUCAUUUAAUACGGUGUCAGGAAAUGAGCCUAGAAGACAAAAGGGCCGUCUGCCCCCCGGCUCUGCCCCUAAUGAACUCCUACCACUUAGCUGAAUCCAUCCCCCCUCUCAGCCUCAACUACUUAGUGGUUUCAAAACAGGGAGGGACCUCACAGUCCCCUCCACCUCAGAUGUGUUGAUUCUUCUUUCUCCUGUAAACUGAUGAUAUUAGCAUAACUAACAAAUAACUACCUUGAGCUAAAAAUGGAAGGACUACCUAGAAAAGAGGUCAGACAACUUCAGUGUUCAAUGGAGAUUCAGCCUUGAGUCAUGAGAAGAUGUUCUCCAGACUUGGGGUUGGAAACUUAAAUUCACGGGAAAUGCCAACGUGCCUUCCUUUACAUGACAGGUAUUUCUGGAAGUGUCAUCAGAUGAAAACUGAUCUUUUUCAACAUUCAAAUCAUAUUUUAAACGUGUUUCUCUUGUAAUAUUCAUAAGCCUACUCUCAUUAAACAGCUAAGCUUGCAA